AUGGACAGCCAGUCCAAAGCAGUCACUCGUCCAUCGAGCAGUAUUCCGCGACCGGUUUCGAGAUUGCCCUUGCCGACCACCUCCGCCUCGAAAACAAUCCGCUCCUCACCUUCGCGCGAUAGAUUGCAAGCCGAUCCUGGCUUGGAUCAUAGUCGCCUACGUCGCCCCUCCUACGAGUCUCUGCUGAAGAAGCCUGCUCCACGCUAUUCAUCCCCAUCGAAGCCACUCGGUGGAACUCCCAAAAUAUACAAUGAGACGACAAGUGGCGCGGACGACCUCGAAUCGCCCGAGGACGCGAGCUUGGUGGGGGAUGAAGAGGGUCAAGAGGCCCGCGGUCGUGUGAGACAGAUUCGACCAUCGCUGUCGGACCGGACCAUCGAAACCAUGUCGAAUAUCCCCCCAUCACCGGCAUCUGUCAAGCGACAGUCAGGUUUCUUCAAUGGAGCUAGCCCGAUACGAUCUCCCUCUCGCACACCGUCGAACGUGUCAAGCUAUUCCCGAUCACCAUCGCAAUCAUCUUCUGGCCAGACCAAUAGCAAUGAAUUUUUAUCGCAGCCAGUAUCCAAGAUUCGUCUACCCUCCCGAAACCGUAUGUCUGUCGCUGCAUCUACGGCUCUCCUAGCCCAAAAGACUUCCGACACGAGCGAAAGCACCUCAAAUAUGAAAUUGCCAUCGGCAAGACACAGCGUUGCUCAGGGAAGUGGCAAUACCGAGACCAGCACACCCCUCAAAAAAGCAUCGAUGGACAAACUCAACAACAAACUGCCUGCGAAACCAUCACUUGCACGACCGUCCCCGGGUAAACCAGCCCCGAAGCUCGUAAAGACAGACAUGGGGCCACCGGAGCGCCCGCUGAGCAUUCGCAAGACAAGAAAGCCCCAAACGGAUUCCCCUUCGGCAAUGAGAUCCCCGUCUACUGCUUCUCGUUAUGUGUCUGCUGCAUCGAGUUUUCAGGAUGACCUGACACCAGACCAACAAUUAGAGAACGAAACCAGAAAAGCCUCCAAGUCCUCGAGCGCUUUGCGCGAAAGCAUUGCCAAAGCCAAAGCAGCUCGAAAGGCAGCGGCAAAGUUGGACGAAAGCAAGGAAAAGGCCGCACCACAGGUCCACCCCGCUGAUUCAUGCGGUAGUGUUGAUGUGGAAGACCCAUUCAACCAGCUGCCCAGGGGAUCUAAUAUCGCAGUGCUAAAGAAACGUGUGGAGGGCGCUCGUAUGUCGGGUACACUGAACAUCGCCGCGCUUUCAUUAACCGAGAUCCCCAAAGAAGUCAACGAUAUGUACGAGUUCGACCCCGAUGCGACCAAUUGGUUCGAAAAUGUAGACCUGGUCAAAUUCAUUGCAGCAGAUAACGAGUUGUCCGAGGUGUCUGAUGCCACCUUCCCUGAUGUGAACCCAGAGCAUGUCGAUCUGGACCGGGAUGAACGAGGGCCCCAAUUUGGAGGUCUAGAGGUAUUGGAUCUUCACGGCAAUAUGCUAAAGAGCCUACCAAUGGGCCUUAGGCAAUUGCAUCAAUUGCGGAGCCUUAAUCUAUCAAACAAUUCCCUUAGCAUGGAAAACAUCCAAGUUAUCUUCGAAAUCCCCUCGUUGGUGGAUUUGAAACUGGCAAACAAUCAGUUGACAGGAUCAUUAACAGGGGAUGUGAGCCGACUUCCACAGCUGGAGUCUCUCGACCUCCAUGCCAAUGCGCUGACCGCAUUGCCCGACGAACUCGUCGAGUUAACCUGUCUCAAAAUCUUGGACGUCGGUGAAAAUCAACUAAAAUCUUUGCCAUUUGAAGCACUCGGCAAAGUUACUCUGCGAACACUUAAUGCGCCCAAAAACGCGUUGACCGGUACUCUUAUCCCGGCGUCUGUGGCCUGCCUUGAGCAUUUGCAAACAUUGAAUGUUGCGAGCAAUGCGAUUGAGAUUUUCGCGGAAAAUGAUGCCCUUGUCUUGCCAGAACUUCAGAGUCUCUUCAUCGGCAUCAACCGCAUCAAACAGCUACCUUCCAUAUCGUCGUGGAAGUCGCUAGCAGUUCUUUCUGCAGAGGAUAACCGUAUCACGGACCUUCCAGAAGGACUGGUGGAGCUCAAAAGCCUCAAGAAUGUUGAUUUCACUGGAAAUAAUAUUGCUCGUCUGGAUGAAAAGAUUGGCUUUAUGGAAAACUUGUCGAUAUUCCGUAUUGCCAACAACCCACUUCGCGAACGCAAGCUGCUGAGCAUGACCUCGGACGAAAUUCUUCUGGACAUGCGCAACAGAUGUGAACCGGACCCCCAAGACACCGACGAUGAAGGAUCGGUGGCAACCCAGUUCACUCUUGCUCCGGAAACACCGGCGCUAGAAAGCGGCUGGCAAGUGAAGUCUGGGGGUGUCCUUGACAGAUCUUAUUCGGAUUUGACGGAGUUGGAAACGGAAAAGUUGGAGCUUAUCAACACGCAAGACGUCCGUUGUCUUUACCUGCAACAUAAUGAGUUGCCUCAAUUUCCCGUGCCAGGACUUGGAAUGCUUGCGAAGGGUCUGAUUGAGCUGGACCUAUCUUACAAUCCCUUGAAUAGUUUCAAUCUCGUCUCAUCAGCUCUUGAGCUCCCGAAACUCCAGAUUCUCAACCUGAGUGCUACAAGUCUGACAUCCAUGGAUUCUCUCCUGGCCAACCUUCAAGCUCCGUUGCUCAACCUCCUCGACGUUUCCAACAACCGCAUCACCGGGCCUCUGCCGCACAUUCGCAAGACUUACCCCGAGCUCAAGACCUUUAUGAUUUCUGACAACCGAAUUUCCAGUCUUGAAUUUGAGGCUGUGCAGGGGCUGCAGUCGCUCGAUAUUGGCAACAAUGAUAUCGAUUAUCUCCCGCCGAAGAUUGGUCUGCUAAGCGUGGAACGGUCUCCUCGUAAUUGGGGCACUGGAUCUGCCCUGAGACGAUUCGAGGUUGCGGGUAACCGGUUCCGCGUUCCUCGUUGGCAGGUUGUCGCCAAGGGGACUGAUGCAGUGUUGCAGUUCUUGAAGGAGCAUAUUCCUGCUCAAGACAUGCCCGAAUGGGAGCAGGAUGAUGUAAAUGCUGAAGAGUUCUAG